AUGUCUAGAUACGGCAAGCUCAUGUCGCGCCAAUUCAUACCAUUUGAUGAAAUCGUAUGCAUCCUGGUCCCUCCCAAGGCGGAGAUACAGCGCAGGAACAUUGGAGCGAACACCCAAAUUAUCGCCCCUGCAGAGGCGAAGCAGAUCGAGGGAAUGAGCGAGGGCGGUUUCGACUGCUUCGCCGGUGCGGACAUUGAGGAUGGCAGUGAUAUAGUCAAAGCGAGCUUGCAUAUAAGGGCGAGUGCUCUGGAAAAACCAGAAAAGGCCCACGAUGUUGUCGAAAGGGUUCCCGUCCGUGUCCGCGCCAGGGUUGGCCCGCAGCUUUGCCUCUUCCUCCGACAUCUUGUCCCUUGUCUGAUUGAUUGGGAUGCAUUGGACCUUGUGCCUGCGUCGGUCGGCUUUCUGGUGCGCCUGUCCGCAAUACUUAACGACAUGGCAGCCACCACAGCGGAGGAGGCUGGGGCUCUGAAAACCAACCAGGCACGGGGGAGACUGGAGGCUACAGUUGUUGUAGGGAAGGCCUAG